GUGCUAGCUGUAUGCCUGUAUCUCGUAAUGUUUUUCUCAGUUCUUCCACAGAAUAUUAUAUUAUUAUUAAAUCUAUUCACUGGUUUACUGUUAUACUGUUUGUUUUGUCAAUAUUUUUCGUCUUGUUUACACAAUAACGUAAACGUAAAGUAAACGUUUUUUCUAUUGUAGACAUUGCUGAAAUUGACUUCACUUUACUACUUUAGUCACUUGGUACCUUACUACCAUGGACUACACUAAGUACUGAUACGUGAAACUGACGGAUUAUGUCGCCAUAUUAAUAUUGACAUCUGUUACCGUCGGUCGUAAUUGAUUAAAAUGGCGGAAUACGCAGAGUACCGUCAAAAUAAUUUGGAUAAUGUUUUAAACUACAACUACGGUGUCGAGUUAUUCCCUGGUUCCAGUCAUAACCCAGUCAUCAAAAAAAAUACUCGAGAAGAAGCUUUGAUUAAAUUAAAAAAGUUGCUGAGGAUUAAUGGAUUUGCUUUUUUAGCCGAAAAUAAUAAAGAAGCAUUUAUAAUGAUGUUCUUGUAUGCACGGAAAAUGAAUGAAAGUAAUGCAUUGGGUUUGAUUCAAAAUUAUUAUCAAUUUAGAAGGGAACACGAUCUAUGGUUUCGUCGAUUGGAACCUUUUGAUCCAAAAAUUCAAAUGGCUAUUCAAGAUGGUUUCCCUUCUGUACUUUCAAAUCUGGAUAGACGAAGCCGUCGUGUUCUUUUUAUGGUUUGCUCCCAAUGGAACACUGAACGUUAUUGUUUACUAACUAUAUACAGAGCAUUAUUAGUAUCUCUGGAACAUUUGAUCCAAGAUGUGAAUACUCAGUAUAACGGUUUUGUAUUUAUUGUUGAUUGGACUAAUUUUACUGCUCGCCAGACAAUGAACAUCAGUCCGAGAUUGUUACAUGUAAUGCUACAAGGAUUACAAGAUUGUUUUCCUGCAAAAAUUAAAGCUGUCCAUUUUAUCAACCAACCGUGGUAUAUUGAUGGCCUAAUGUCUGUUGUUAAACCAUUUUUAAAAGAAAAAACAAAAAAUAAAAUAAUUUUGCAUGGUUUGAAUUUGAAUACCCUACAUGAAUACUUUCCAAGAGAUAUUCUGCCUUCAGAACUAGGAGGCGAACAACCUCCAUAUGAUUCAAGGAUUUGGUUAAAAAGUCUUUUAGGGUCUUCUUUGGGAGUUGAUUUAUAAAUUUAUUUAUAUCAUUAAAUUUAACGCACAUUAAUUUUCUUAGCAAGGCAGGUUUAAAUAUUUAUAAUUAUUAUAUAUAUUAUACCUAUUGUAUAAUAUUAUUAUAUUAUAUAAUUUAAUACAGAACAAUUUUGUUCUGUAACCACAAAUUAAUUAUUUAAGUUUUUUUUUGUUACUGCUGCACAUACAA